UUCAUAGAAAAAAUCAGCAAUCUCAAGCUAAAUACCGAUGACAAACUGAUCAGCUUCGAUGUGGUAUCUCUAUUUACCAUGGUCCCGGUAGCAGACACCAUGGCACUCAUCUACCAGAGGUUCCCAGAAGACAUCACGGCUCUGUUUCACCAUUGCCUUACCACCAGUUACUUUCAGUGGGACAAUGAAUUCUACGACCAGAAAGAUGGAGUAGCUAUGGGGAGCCCUCUCAGCCCGGUCAUAGCUAACUUCUACAUGGAACACUUUGAAGAACAAGCCCUGGAAACAGCAACCAAAAAGCCCACGAUAUGGUUCAGAUAUGUGGAUGACACCUUCACCAUUUGGAGCCAUGGAGAAGAAGAACUCAACAGGUUCCUGGACCAUCUUAACAGCAUCCACCCAAACAUCCAGUUCACCAUGGAAAAAGAAAAUGAAGGAAGACUGCCUUUUCUAGAUGUCCUAGUCAUCCGCAAACCAGAUCAACAAUUGGGUCACACCGUCUACAGAAAACCCACACACACAGAUAGAUAUCUACAUAAAAACUCCAACCAUCACCCAAGUCAAAAAAGAAGCACCAUUAAAGCCUUGUCAGACCGUGCAAAAAGAAUCUGCGAACCCCACCUCCUCCAAGAUGAACUGAACCACCUCAACUGGGCUCUCCAGAAAACACAGGCAGAAGUAAUAGAGGCAGAAGAAAAAACAAACCGGAAAGGAACCAAAGGCAAGGCUGAUACAACCAGAACAAAUGUGGUGGUAGCAACAACUAGUCACUCCUCCCUAUAA